AUGAAGGGGCCUGCUGCCGAGAAAGAGACAGAGGUGCCCUUGAUGGUUGGCAGCCCGGGAGUGUGGACAUCAGGGCUUCUCCUGGCUCAGCCCGGCCUGGCCCCUUGCUCCCCAGGGAGCUUUAAGUGCACCAGAGGAGGAGCGACUGCUAUGAGUUUCAACAGUACCCAGCGUUUCUUGGAGCGAUACAUUUACAACGAAGAGGAAUACAUCCAACUUGACAGCAAUGUGGGGGUGUUUAAGGCUAUGACUGAGCUGGACCAGACAACUGCCAAGAACUGGAACAUCCAGAAAGAGUUCCUGGAGCUGAGACGGCAGGCUGUGGAUGUGGUGUGCAAACACAAGGACGAGUUGGACAAGGGUUUCACCCUCAAGAGCAGAGGGUCCCUACAGCACCACAACCUGCUUGUCUGCCACGUGACAGAUUUCUAUCCAGGCAGCAUUGAAAUCCGGUGGUUCCGGAAUGGACAGGAGGAAACAGCUGGGAUUGUGACUGCCGACCUGAUCCGUAAUGGAGACUGGACCUUCCGGAUCCUGGUGAUGCUGGAAAUGACCCCCCAGAAGGGCGACGUCUACACCUGCCACGUGGAGCACCCCAGCCUGGACAGUCCUGUCACCGUGGAGUGGGAUCUACAGAUAAGACUCCAGGAUCUCAGACAAGAACCUGAGAGUGUAGCAGGGGGGUCAUCACUGACCAUGGGUCUGUUCUUCCCAGAGGCCCAGUCUGAUUCUGCACAGAGCAAGAUGCUGACUGGAGUUGGGGGCUUUGCGCUGGGGCUUAUCUUCCUCCUAAUGAGCUUCGUGGGUUACUCUUUGCCUUUCUGCUGUCUCACUCACCUACUCUCCUGCAAUAAAGAAGCUGAGGCAGAAAAGCAAAACCACAGAGCCCAAGAGGCCACUGGAAAUUGA